GCUCCACUCCUACACCUCCACUCACUCGCUAACCUCCUCCUCCUCUUUACCUACUCUCCUUCUCUCGUCCAUUCGUCGUUCCUUUCUUUCGUUCUCCAACUGUUCAUCGGUCGACGACGACAGCAUCAUAUCGUUCUGCAUUUCUGCCAAAGCUGCCUGCCAGCGGGCUCGUCACUCUUUUAUAAAAAACUGCUUAAUCUAGAGUCUUGUUUACACCAGGCUCGAGUCAUUCGUUUCGUUACGGUCUAUUGUUUUAAUGACCUAGUCCCUCUUUACACAACAACAAACAUCACAGCCGCUCGCUCAAUCGCUUUUGCUCGCUGGCUUUUGGCUUUGUCCAGUCUUGUUCUUCUCGAGAUUACGGUGCCCAACAUCUACUUUGACGCUUCUCGCGAUCCUCGGACGAAAACGAUUUCAGAUUCAUUCGAUUACCGCAUCAAAUUGGAGACGAUAAUACUCGACGUGUGCCAGCCGUCUACCGACAUUGUCAAUCGCACUACAGCUUAAUGGUUAUGACAGUUGUGCUUGGAGUUUAAUAGUCGACAAUUCUUAAUAUUCUCACGCCCAUUUCACUUUCUCGCGGAGGAAAUCACACUUGACGAUCAACAUCUCUUUGUUUGUUUGGAAGCUUUGAUUGAGUAUAUGCGCUAGCAUACAAGGCCAACAUGGGGAUCGCUCAUUACGAAGGUGCUCGCCUUCGACCUCGCACCAACAUUGAUGAUGUCUCUUCAGCUUCCCAGAAUGGAGUCGCAUCGUCUUCCUCGAUCUUUCGCCGACUCGUCACCCGAGAGAACUGCCAAGACACGGACAGUUGUGCAGCAGCCAGCGCCAACACGAACUUGGUAGUUCCCAUCGUUGUCGCUAUUGUGUAUGCUACCAACUACGCCUUUGUUUUUUCGAUUUCGGAUGGUCAACUGGAUCGCGGUAUGCUGACCAUGUUAUGUGUAGGGUUCCUAUCGUUCUAAUCGCAAUCUUCUUGUACUACCUCCACCGUAAGAACAUGAAGAGGCAGAUGCUUGAGGAUGCGAAUGAUCCUCACAAGAGCCUGGACUUUGGCCUCGACGGUGCCGGCGGAAAGAAGUCUGCCCGCCGAAGUAUCUUUAUGGGAGGGGGUGAGAAGGGCCUCAACCAUAAACCCAGUCAGCUCUCGAUGGACAUGAACCUCUCUUCGCCCUACCUGCUGCCACCCGGCCUGCAGGAGUCGCGAGAGUCGCUCAACUCGUUGGCUAAGUCUUUGGGAAAUGAUAACCAGGACCCUUACCAGUAUGUCGCGACCAUCACGCAAAGCGAGACCGGCUCAUUGCGGUCCUUUAAUCCCAAGGAUUCCCUCUCGCACAAUACUAAAUUCAGUAGUCCUCGUAACUCUGGCAAGCCUGGUAGCAUGAAGAUGCCCCCAUCUCGCAUGAACUCCCUGCCUGAGACGCCUGUUUCUGCCACCGACUCCAAGGUCGAUCCUUUCGGCACUCCCAAGGCGCCUGCGCCAACUCACCAGCCAAACUCUCACUUCGACGAGAAGGAUGGAUUCCAGCCUACUGCAAUCAUUCCUGAGAUUGGAGUGGUUUCCGAUUUUGAUGAGAAGCGUGACGGCGCCUCCGUACAGCCACCUCCCGCAGUGAGGAGCAAGACUCCCGAGUUUGAGUUGCCCAACUUCUCCUCGGAGCCCGCCAACGAUUUCCCUCUACCUCCUGCCAGGGAGCAUGAGGCCACUGGUCUGGGUUUGAACUUCUCUCUUCCUCAGCCUAAAUCCCCAACUGUGACUUCCCCUGAUGCUCCCAAGUCCGCUCCUCUCCCUCACGACCGCCAGAGUGAUGGUUCCAACUAUCAGUCCUACACCCCCGCGGCUGACAUUUCAAGUUACUACGAAGACCAUGAGGACGAUUCCCGUGGUCGCACCAUGCAACGUACCUCAUUCGUGGAGGAUACACCUCAGUACCAAGGCCUAGGAGUUCCCCAGCAGGAUAACAAGAGACUCUCAGUCGGAUUCCGUCCCCUUCCUCCGGAUGAGAUCACAGAGUCUGAGGACCCCGAAUACCGUGCCAACCGUAUCCGUUCUUUCUACAAGGAGUAUUUCGAGGAUACCAAGGAGGCACCCCCGCCUAUGCCCCCCAUGCCCCCAAUGGCUCAGGGCAGAGCCGGCCCUCAAUAUUACGAGGAUGUUGACCAAGGCUAUAUGAUGGGCGGUGAUCAAGCUUACUUUGAUCCUGAGACAAAUGCCUUCGUCAUGCCCUACGCCCAGCCCGUCACUCGCCGUGCCAUGACACCUCCCCCAGCUGGCCGCCGCCCUGGUCCUGGUCGUCCCGGACCUCGUCCUCGUGGUCCCAACGGUUCUAUCGGUGGUAUGAGCUACCAGAGCGGACCUGGAGGACGUUCCCGCGCUGGUUCUGCUCUUGGCCCUCGACCUGAUUCUUCAGCCUCAGCGCGAAUCCGACAACCCCCAAGGAAGAGACUUCCACCACCCGCACCCUUGACCACUCUUCCAACUCCCUCCAAGCUCAAGGAUGAUAACAUCGCUCUCAUCAACGCUGCUGACUUUGCUCCUCCCAACACCAUCCGUGACACUGCAGCUGGUCGCUCUCAAAGUCCCUUCGGCGAGCGACGACCUUACUCCCCCUCUGUUCCUGCUGCUCAGACUCUUGUCUCGCCUUUCGAGGAGCUGACUGCUCUCCCCAGCCCCCAUCUUCUCCGCAAAUCCAGCACAUUCACUGGACUUGACUUCGCACCUCCCAAGAGAUUCAAGGAUUCCGACACCAUGAGCGACGCUGGAAGCAUCAGGAGUAACCGCAGCGGCAUGUCUCAGGCUCAGCUUGGUGCCAUCCGCGGCGGAGCUGGACGUGUAAGUCGCCUGCCUGGCGACCAAGUGUUCACCCAACAAGCGCUGCAAGAUACAUUGAAGCCUUCAUGGGGAAUUCGACCUUGAUAAAAGGUAGCGCAUCAACUCAUUCAGUGGAUUAGUCUAUGCAUGGGCUGCCACUGACUUGUCAAAAAACUUUCUUAGCGUUGUCUUUUUGACAUUGCAUUACACAGCGUGCGCCGGUCUUGGUCAACUUUAUACAUUUCUUCACUUCAAGGGCGUAUUUUAGGGUCAUGAUGUCUUGCGAUAUUUUCUUUCACACUGGGAACCUGCAGGCUUGCAUAUUAUAGAAGGUCUUUGGAAACCACACGACAAACUAGAUGACGACUGCCGGCUCGGACAACGUACGUUCGGCCGUUGUAUAUAGGUCAAUUGGAUCUGGCGUUGAUCACUUCAACAUGGCCAUCUUGUUUCUACCAUUCUACUACUUAUUUGGAACUGGAUGAGAAAGUAUUGUGAGAUGUGUGAAUUUGUCCAUGUAUAGAUUAUGACGAUCUGAGUCUAGGUAGCUAGUUCGUGAAAGUCCCAAAAGGGCAGCUCGAAUGAUAUGUGUCUCCUGUUGGGUCACUAGGC